AUGGCGAAGAAGGUGGCGUGGCUCCUGCUGCUACUCAUAUCAGUGUGCGUGCCGGGCCUUCAAGCUUGGGCCCUGAAACUACCGUUUCACCCGCGUGAUGUGCUUCCUCUGCUGCCGAGACAGGUUUCAUGGCCCAUCCUCAACCGCCUCCACAGCGCCGUCGAUAUCCUCCCGGUCUUCGUCGGUGCCGCUUCUUCGCCGGACGAAUUUCUCGAGUGGAAGGGCGCGUGCUUCUACAAGAACAAAGCGUGGAUGGUGUUUCACAACAAGAGCGGUACUCAAUUCGGCGGCGGAACCCUUCACAUUAAGGUUAGCAAUGCUCACAGUUGGACAUGCAUGGAUCUUUAUAUUUUUGCUACCCCAUAUCGUGUAACAUGGGAUUACUAUUUCCUGGCCCGUGAGCAUACGCUUGAUAUCAAAGCAUGGGAAGGGAAAGCAGAGUACGAGUAUGUGAAAAACCAUGGGUUAUCAAUUUUCCUCUUGCAAGCUGGGAUGUUGGGGACCCUUGAAGCCCUUUGGGAGGUCUUCCCUCUAUUUACAAAUACUGGAUGGGGCGAGAACUCCAACAUUAAUUUUUUGGAGAAACAUAUGGGAGCUUCUUUUGGAGUGCGCCCUCAGCCUUGGGUUACAAAUAUCAGUACUGAUGACAUCCAUUCUGGAGAUUUCCUUGCCGUUUCGAAAAUACGAGGACGGUGGGGUGCUUUUGAGACUCUAGAGAAGUGGGUUAGUGGAGCUUAUGCUGGUCACACUGCUGUUUGCCUAAGAGACUCCAAUGGGAAGCUUUGGGUUGGAGAGUCAGGACAUGAGAAUGAGGCGGGAGAAGAUAUAAUUGCUGUGAUGCCAUGGGAAGAGUGGUGGAACUUUGAACUGAAUAAAGAUGAUUCUAAUCCCCACAUUGCACUGCUUCCAUUGCACCCUGACGUGCGUGCCAGGUUUAAUGAGACUGCCGCAUGGGAGUAUGCAGUGAGCAUGAUAGGAAAACCUUAUGGCUACCAUAACAUGAUCUUCAGUUGGAUAGACACUUUAACUGGAAACUAUCCGCCCCCCUUGGAUGCUAAUGUGGUUGCUUGCGUUAUGACAAUCUGGAGUCAAAUCCAACCUGAUUAUGCUGCAAAUAUGUGGAAUGAAGCCCUGAACAAACGACUUGGAACUAAAGGACUUGACCUUCCAGAAGUUCUAGUAGAAGUUGAAAAGCGUGGAUCAUCUUUUGAUGAACUUCUGACAAUUCCUGAACAGGAUGAUUGGGUCUACAGUGAUGGGAAGUCAGCUUCUUGCAUUGCUUUUAUACUUGAGAUGUACAAGGAGGCAGGGCUGUUUGAUCCAAUUGCUAGUUCUGUUCAAGUGACAGAGUUUACGAUAAAAGAUGCUUACAUUCUCAAUUUUUUUGAGAACAAUUCUAGUCGCUUACCAAAAUGGUGCAAUGAUGGAGACACGGUGAAGCUUCCUUAUUGUCAAAUUAAAGGAAAGUAUCGAUUGGAAUUACCUGGAUACAACACCAUGCCACCAUACUCUCAUAUGAAUGAAAGGUGCCCAUCUCUUCCUCCCAAGUACUCCAGGCCCAAUGGUUGCUAG